GCUUGGAAGCCCGUGGUGGAUGGCAUUGAGCUCCGCCUGGAAAUGAUGUUGGCAGUGACGUUUCCGGGCCUUCGCUCGGACCUGCCGAAGGCUGUGCGAUUGCCAUGCACCAAAGGGCACGACUCCGGCGAUGAGCUGGAUGGUAUUGAUGGCGAGCUGGACUCCAUGAUCGAGCGGGGCAGUGAAAGGAGCGAGAGCUCACCCAUGCUGCCCGAGGUCCUGCCGGACGAUGCGCGGCGCCCUCGCGAGAGCUGCCAGGACGUCGACGACGAAGAGUGGGAGACCACCACCGCAGAUGGAGGGGGAGGCCGGCCAUCCUUGCGGAGAGCUUUAGCCCGGGGACUCGCCGUGCUGAUGGCGUCCAUGGGCAUGUUGGCACUGCUUUCAGUCUUCGGGCUACUCAUCAUGGAGUCGGCCAGACAUAUGCAGGAGCAUUGGGAUGUGUACCAGAAGGGUGCAGAUCAGUUGACCAAAGACCUCCUUUCGCUCUUCAGCAAAGUCCCGGAGAGCUUUAAGAAGCAGUACCAGGAGGUGAGCGCGGACACCGUGAAGUCGGCCCAGGACCUCUUCUACUCUCUUCUAGGCAAUAUUGUGAAUAACGUCAGUUCCUUGAUUCUCGGGGUGCUGCUUACAAUGCUCUACACCCUCUUCUGGCUGUGCAGCCCUGUGCCCAUGGAUUCAUCCGUGGACGUGAUGUUUCGAAAAUAUAUCAUGUUCAAGACCCUGGCCUGCUUUGGCUACGGAAUCUCCGCAGGUCUCCUCCUUUACUUCCUCUCGGUAGACCUUGCGUCGGUCUUCGCGCUGACGACCUUCGCACUAAACUUUGUGCCCGAGGCUGGCCGUAUGGAUUUGCCUUGGGUCGUGAAGCUCAGGUUAGGUGCCUUUGGGCUUCACUUCCUUCCGGGCUCAAAGUGCUUUGCCACCAACGACCAUGAACGAAAGCCGAAGAAGGUCACGAUAGAGAUUCUCUGUCAACAGUCAAAAGCUGUGUGCGAAACGGUCUUGAUUGUCGGUGGCGCCGUGGCGGUUCUGAAGCUUUGCCACAGCCAGGAUGCCUUUGUGACCCCAAAGCUCCGGGGCGAGGCCGCUGCGACUUUGGCUGCUGCCAUGGUGGCGGCCAGCGUGGCGGCGCCCGGUCCAGUGCAGGCCGAAGUGCCCAAGCUCUCCUUCUUCGGCCUGGGAGGUGGUGUCUCUGAUGUCUACAACCAGAACGACAACCCCGUCAACCCUUACUCCCAGUUCAGCGUGGUCGAUUCUGAUUCCGUCUACAAGGCCCGCAGUGACACCGAGGUGGCCCGCAGGAAGAAGGCCCUUGCCGCUUCCUUCGAGCGCUGGGAGAAGACUCCUUUCUACAUCAAAACGAAGCAGUCCCAGCAGCUGACAAGCAACCUCCAGGAGGCUGCCGGCCUCAAGCAGGACAUGCUCUACUUCUCUGAGCCCGAGGGCUCUGAUGCCUGGAACAAGGCCAAGUUGUUCUCCCAGAAGGUCUCCACCGUUGGUGUUGACGGCCGCAACAAGGAGUGGGGCCGUGCCAACCAGGACUUCGAGGUGGCAUCGAACGUGCUGAAGGAGUGGAAGGCUCUCGUGAAGUUCUGA